UAAUUUUCUAUGCCUUCGUUCUCUUCUCCGCUCUCUUUCUCUUCUAAGUUUUCUAAACAAAGAAAAUUCUGCAACUGAAUCUCCACCUACGUAACGUUUCAAGCGAUUUGCAGUCAAGAUCAAGGAUUGAGUUUGUUUCUUUCCACUUCCUCGAUUAGGUAUCCAGAUGAGGAAGCUGGUGAAGUGCCCAUAUGCAUAAGCUUCCUUGGUAACAGGGGAUUUUACAGACCACUAAUAUUGAGAAUUUGCAUUUGGUUUGUUUUGAACACAAUGAUUGAUUGAAAAUAAUAUGUACGUGCAAGAAUUGGAGUGUCGUUGGUGGAUGAAAUUGAUACCAAGAUGAGAAGUUUGUUUUAAGAAAAAUUUCCUUUCUUCCCAGUUAUACAAAAACCAUGAGAGCACAUACUUAACAGUGUAUUGUAUUGUCUGAUGUGCGUUUGAUCUCAUUACAGGUGUAUAUAGGGCUAGAUAGAUAAGUUAUGCAAUGCCCAACAGAAAAGAUUGAGGGUCCGGAAUUUGAAGAUGCAAAAUAUAUACGAAAAGAUUGUUGUUUACCGACGUGCAACGCACGUGCACUCUACUUGUGAUCAAUAAGCCCAACACGCUUUUACGAAUGUGCCAAAUUAUUGUUGCACAUUCAGAAACUGGUACCCAGUCGGGCCGAUCUCCUCGUUUCUUUUUCCAUCCUAUGGUGUUUUCCAACUUAAUACCCAAUCUGGUAAUUGUAAAUUCCGAGGACUAGGGCUACGUGCAAAAGUAAACCAUCCGACGGUGUUAAAUGGACUGUUGUAAGGAGGUGAGCGGUCAAGCUUUGGGCGGAAAUAUCUGAGCCCCGUUAGAAUUGGGCGGAAGUCUCUUUUUCUCUUUAGAUUUCUUUAUUUCGAUCAAACCUCGCCCACUCUCAGAAUCUCUUCGCCAAUUUCAUCCGAUUUCCUCUCAAAUUGAUUUAGGGUUUCAUUUUGAUUCUUCUAUAGACAUCCAUCUAGUUAUCAAUGUAUUCCACUACUAGUAUGCACCAGUAAAGGAUUAGUUCUUCUUUCAACUGUCAAUCUACAGCCCCUCAGACUAAGAGAAAUGACGACGAAAACGACCACGAAUCUUACUAAUAAGAAGAAGAGAUUAUGGGAGUUAAUAUUCGCAUGUCUCUAUGCAAUUGCUUUCUACAUCUUCCUCAUUCAACGUUCUCUACAACUUUCACGCAAUCACUCUGAUAAAAUUUACAAUUUGCGACACGGUUGGAUCUCCAAUCGACUCAAUGAUGUAUCUGAUUCACAAUGGAGAAACUUCCGUGGGAAUUUACCAAUUCUUACUCUUGUGUUCGCUCUCUUUGUACUUUUGGCAAACAUUUCGAGGGCAUUGUUUGGCUUGAAAGGAAAAGGGAUGUCUGUUUUUUGGACAUUCAUUUCCUUCAUUUACUUAUCAUAUUUACACGGCGCUUGUGUUAUAUUCAUUGUUUCAAUUGCUUCACUUAACUAUCUUCUAGUAAAGAUGCUUGCAAAGUGGAGGUAUUUCCCGUGGGUACUUUGGAUGUUUAACGUGUUUUUUCUUCUGUGCAACCGUGUUUACGAAGGAUAUUCGUUUGUGACUAUCGGGCAACAUUGGGCUUUUCUUGAUAACUACCGUGGCAACUUUAGAUGGCACAUUUGCUUCAACUUUGUUGUUCUGCGCAUGAUAAGCUUUGGAUAUGAUUACUACUGGGCUCUUCAAGAUUCUGGUUUUGAUCUAAAGAAGCACAUUAAACGCUGCGAGAGCUGUUCCUUAGGGAAACCAUGUUACAAAUCUUUGCAGGAGAGAAGCGUUCCAAUUGACAGAUACUCGUACAUAACAUACAUUUGCUAUCUGAUAUAUGCACCUCUCUACAUUGCCGGACCAGUUAUAAGCUUCAACGCAUUCGCUUCACAGUUAGAUGCACCACAGAAAAAUCAUUCUGUCGGAUCGGUGGCUUUAUAUGGGUUAAGAUGGGUUCUAUGUUUAUUUCUCAUGGAACUAAUGACACAUUUUUUUUACUAUAACGCCUUUGCAACCAGUGCCUCAUGGAAACAUUUAUCUCCGUUGGAGGUUUUCAUCGUUGGAUAUGGGGUCCUGAACUUCAUGUGGCUGAAGUUCUUACUGAUCUGGCGCUACUUCCGGUUUUGGUCACUGGUUGGAGGCAUUGAAGCCCCGGAGAACAUGCCUAGAUGUAUGAAUAAUUGCUAUGACUUGGAAGGGUUUUGGAAAAGUUGGCAUGCUUCCUUCAACAAAUGGCUUGUCAGGUACAUGUACAUUCCUCUUGGUGGUUCUCAGAGAAAGCUACUCAAUGUGUGGGUUGUAUUUACAUUUGUGGCAGUCUGGCACGAUUUGGAGUGGAAGCUUCUUUCGUGGGCGUGGUUAACAUGUUUGUUCUUUAUCCCGGAAAUGGUAGUGAAAUCAGUGAUUACAUCAUUUAAGGCUAAAACUUCAUUUGAGGAGUUUGUCCUUCGUGAGUUCUGUGCAGUUGCUGGUGCCAUUACCAUUACAUGCCUCAUGGUUGCGAACCUCGUUGGUUAUGUCAUUGGUCCGUCAGGCAUUAAUUGGUUAAUUUCUAGAUUCCUCCAUAAAGAUGGACUACCUGUUCUGGGAGGCAUGCUUAUAACAUUUUAUAUUGGGACAAAGUUAAUGUUCCAUGUUCGUGAAGCAAAGGAAGCAGUGCAAUAGGAAUUUUAGAUAAUCCAGAAUUGAUCCUAUCCUUGUAACAUGAGAGGUUACAUCAACAUUUUGAUCUGAUCUACGAAAGAAAAUACAAAGGCAUGCGCAGUUGAGGUAGGGAUCGUCCGAAGCAAUUUUGUUAGACGCCCUUUCAGAAGAAAAAACAUAGAUAGCAUGGGUUGCAGAGAGGGAGUAUUUUGUCUGCCUUUGGCCACUGUAGAUUUCAAAUGACUCCAUGAUCCAAAAAUGUGUGUAGACAAUGUAGUAUAUUUCAACAUCACUUUAGCUUAUGCUUUGCGCGACCAUGUAUGGAUGUGGCGAUAAAUUUCUUGUGUGUAUGUCCUGUAAGAAUCGAAUAUCAAUUAAUUCUAUUGGCCUGAAAUUGCUCAGUUUUCUACAAAC